AUGUGUGUUCCCUACCAAUAUUACCCAAGCCUUCAUUUACGCUCUGAUUACUCAGCUCCAAGAUGAGUGUCAUGAAAAAAGGUAUCUCCUUCUUGUUUAUUUAAACAAAGUGAAAAAAGAAUUAGAAAAACUUCUCUACCCCCGCUAGUUAAACAAGAAAACUCACUUUUGGCUUCUUACUCAAGAGAAGAAGCAGAGACUUUUUCCUAUGACCCUUUUUACGAUUUAACGAUUGAUAGAAGAAAGUCUAAAUCAAAGCCUAAGCCCGAGAAUAUUCUUAUUAAUGUAGAAAGUAUAAGUGACGAUGACCUUUUCAGCGAUAUGAAUCCAAAACGCAAAGGGCGGAGCUUAGGGAAAAAAACAAUUUUAUUAUCGAAAAAAGCAAAAUUGCUGCUCAGAACCAAAAUUGAAUCGAAUAAGCAAUACCAAAUAAAGACCCCUGAACCAAUUUUUCAUGAUUUUCGGAAGUCACCAUCGCCUGAGUCUGCUUUAGUUAAGUCAACUUUGAGUAUACCAGAUUCAACAAUUGAAAAAGUAAAUCAAAAGCAAGUAUAUAAAGAAGCUUUUUAUAGGAAAGAACAAACAAGAAUUAAAUUCACUGGAAACAGCAGUAGAGUAACUACGUUGAGAAGUAAAAACGAAGAAAAAAUUAUGAAGUUUAAUAAAAUUGCGCUUGGGAUCAACGUAAAGGAAGAAAAUGGUCUUAAAGAUGCAAGCGAAAAUACUGAAGGAAAACUUGUUAUUUCAUUACCGAAAAUCGAGAAAUACGAUUAA